AUAAAACAAAAACUUAAAAACAAAUCUGAGAGAGAGAGAUCUCAACCGAAGUUGUGGUUGAGAUCCAUCUGACCUCUAUUCACUUUCUCCACUACGCUGCAAAAAAGAAAACAAAACCAUCAUCUCCAGCCCCAUUAUACAACUUUGUUUGUCUCCUCUCUUCUCUCUUCACUUCAUCUCUCCUAAUUAGUUUCCAGAAAAAAAAGAGGAAAAAAGCAGAGAGUUUAGUUUCUGCUCGAGCAGUACUAAUUAUUACCAGUCUACUUGAAACUAAUUUUCAUGGAAUAAACUUAUAUCUUUUGUGCAGAUUACUAGCUUGUAAGCUAGGAGUCGUUUAGUUUUCAAUAUCAGAUUAUACAUAUUGUGUGUAUAUAUAUAUAUAUAAUAUAUAACUGGAGAUUUUGAAAGGGUUGCUUGAUGCUUAUUUUAUCACCUUUGAGGGAUGGCCAUCAUCAGCUCAAGGAGGAGAAGCAGUUAGGUGGCGGCGGUAGAGAUGAGGGUGAGGUGGAGGGUUUUGAUUUCAAUGGAGGGAAUAGCGUGGGGUCGGCGGGGCUGGACUUCCCGGAGUUUACAGGGGGAAUGGGGAACCUGCUUGACAGCAUCGACUUCGAUGACCUCUUCAUCGGCAUCCAUGACGGCGACGUGCUCCCCGAUUUGGAGAUGGACUCCGAAAUUCUUGACUUUUCGGCUCACCGAGACCAUGGUGACGAAUAUUAUCAUAAUAACGCAAAGACGACUUCGUCCAAAGUGGAAGACCAGGAGGAGGAGGAGGAGGAGGAUAAGGACCGUGCCAGAGCGGCAGCGGAUAGUUUAACAAGUGCUACUACUACGAGAAAUAAUCAGAACUACUCGAGCUCCAGUAAUACUAGUACUACUACUACUUCUGCCACUCAAGAUCAGGAUCGAGAUGGAGGACAUGAAGAAAUUGGGAGUAAAGGAGACUCUAAUAGUAAUAUUAAUAAUAAUAUUAGUCAAAUUAGGGCAUCUCAGCAUGAACAAAAUCAGCUGCUCAAUCAAUCGUCGAGCCCCAAAGAAUCAGCUGAUCAGAAAUUGGCUCGGAAGUCAUCAUCCACAGCGCAAUCCAAGAAUUCUCAUGGGAAAAGAAAAGUAAAGGUGGAUUGGACACCAGAACUGCACAGGAGGUUCGUGCAAGCAGUAGAGCAGCUAGGGGUGGAUAAAGCAGUGCCUUCUAGGAUUUUAGAGCUUAUGGGAAUAGAUUGUCUCACUCGCCACAAUAUUGCUAGCCACCUUCAAAAAUAUCGAUCCCAUAGGAAACAUUUGCUAGCCCGUGAAGCAGAGGCAGCAAGCUGGACCCAGAGACGACAAAUGUAUGGGGCAGCAGCUGUCAGCGGAGGAGGAGGAGGAGGAGGAGGAGGAGGAGGCAAGAGUAGUAGAAGUGACGUCAUGAUGAUGAACAGCCCUAAUUGGCUCAAUGCACCCACCAUGGGUUUCCCUCCCAUACCUAGCCCUACACCACCACCCAUGCACCACCACCAUCACCACCAGAUGAUCAGACCCUUACAUGUGUGGGGCCACCCCUCCAUGGACCAAUCUAUGAUGCACAUGUGGCCAAAGCAUCUUCCCCAUAAUUUCCCAUCUCCAAUACCACCUCCUCCUCCACCUGCACAUGCAUGGCCUCCUCCUCCUCCUCCACCUUCGGAUGCUUCGUAUUGGCACCACCCUCCCCCUCACCACCAGCGUGUUCCAAAUGCACUAACCCCAGGAACACCAUGCUUUCCAAGGCACCUAGCUACUGCGACGCAGCAGAGAUUUCCCGCUCCACCUGUCCCAGGCAUUCCACCGCAUGCCAUGUACAAAGUAGACACAGGUAUCGCUGUCCCCUCUCCGCAAUCUGGGCCCCACCCUCUUGUCGACUUUCAUCCGUCAAACGAGAGCAUAGAUGCAGCUAUUGGAGAUGUUUUAUCGAAGCCAUGGCUGCCUCUUCCUCUUGGCCUAAGGCCUCCGGCUACUGACAGCGUCAUGGUGGAGCUACAACGGCAGGGAAUUCCAAAGAUACCGCCCUCCUGUGCUUGAACCAGAUCUUCUACAUUUCUCGAACAUGUAUGUUGUUUGAUGAUGUGUUCAAGACAGAAGAGAACCCCAAAA